AUGCCUUUCCACCAGUGGGACUACAUCUUUGCCAUCGGCACCAUCUUUGCCGCGCUCGACGCGUUCAACAUUGGCGCCAACGAUGUCGCCAACUCGUUCGCGACGUCGGUCGCCUCCAAGUCGCUCACCAUGAGGCAGGCGACCCUCGCCGCUGCCGUCAUGGAGUUUGCGGGAGCGGUCGCAGUCGGAGCACGAACGGCUGACACGAUCAAGAACGGCAUCAUCAACCCGUCCAUCUUCCAGGGCAACGCCGGCGUCCAGAUGCUCGCCUUCACCUGCGCCCUCGUCGUCUCGGCCUCGUGGCUCAUGGUCUGCACGCGCUACUCGUGGCCCGUCUCGACGACCUACUCGAUCGUCUCGGCGGUUGCCGGCGUCGGUGUCGCCGUCGGCGGCAAGGACGCCGUCAACUGGGGCUGGAACGGCGGCAAGGGCCUCGCGACCAUCUUCGCCGGCUUCCUCAUCGCCCCGGGCAUCUCGGCCGGCUUCGGCGCCGUCCUCUACCUCAUGGUCAAGUUCGGCGUUCUCGCGCGCAAGAACCCCUUCCCCUACGCUCUCGCCUGCGGCCCGCUCGUCUUCUUCCUUACGUCGGCCGUCAUGACGAUGGCCAUCGUCUUCAAGGGCUCGCCCUCGCUCGGCCUCGACGAGCUGCCCCAGAACGAGCUCGCCGCCGCCAUCGUCGGCACUGCCGCGGUCGUCAUGGCGCUCGCCGUCCUCUUCUGGGUUCCCUACGUCUACUGCAAGGUCGCGCGCAAGGACUACACCCUCCGCUGGUACCACUUCUUCUUCGGCCCGGCCCUCUGGUUCCGCCAGCCCCCUGCCGAUGCCGCCGACCUCGCCGUCAACGUCGUCGACUACCGCGUUCGCGCCGACAAGGAGGGCGAGACGCACGGCAACGUCAAGCCGCAGCUCGCCGCCAACCCGGACCUCGAGUCGUCGGGUGCGUCGGGCGAGGAGAAGAUCAUGGAGGAGCCGUCGUCGACGCCGGUCCACCCGUCGGCGCUCAACAGCGAGGUCGAGAAGGCCGACCCGCACCCGAUCGAGGGCCCGUGGGCGACGCCCAAGAACCUGUGGAUCAUCGCGCGCUACAAGGCCAUCCCGUGGAUCGUCAAGAGCGCGACGCACGGCCUCAACUACGACAUCCACGGCGCGCAGAACGGCGAGGCCGGUUCGCCCGAGGCCCGCCGCAUGCAGGACAUCUACGCCCGCGCCAAGCAGUACCCGAACGAGACCGAGGCGUGCUUCUCGUUUGUCCAGGUCCUCACGGCGUGCGCCAACAGCUUUGCGCACGGCGCCAACGACGUCUCGAACGCUAUCGGCCCGUACGCCGCCAUCUACCAGGUCUGGUCGUCGAUGGAGAUCGCCGGCAAGAAGGCCGCCGUCCCCAUCUGGAUCCUCGUGUUCGGGGCCACCAUGCUCGUCAUCGGUCUCGCGACGUACGGCUACAACAUCAUGAAGGUCCUCGGCAACAAGAUCACGCUCCACUCGCCGUCGCGAGGCUUCUCGAUGGAGCUCGGCGCCUCGAUCACGGUCAUCCUCGCGUCGCAGUACGGUCUCCCCGUCUCGACCACCAUGUGCAUCACCGGCUCGACCAUCGGCGUCGCCCUGUGCAACGGCGACCUGCGCUCGAUCAACUGGCGCGCGAUUGGCUGGAUCGUCCUCGGAUGGGUCCUCACCGUCCCCAUCGCCGGUACGCUUGCGGGCUGCCUCAUGGGCAUCAUCCUCAACGCGCCCCACUUCUGAUGGAAAAACGGCCCGCGCUACC